AUGAAGGAGGAAAACCCGAACCCGGAGCAGCGGACCAACACGGUCCCUAGAAGACCAGCAGCCGGGUCGGACCCUGGUCCCAGCGACGCUCAGAAACGAAGAGGAAAAGAGGGACUCAAACGUCACUGCUGUCAGCACUGCGACAAAUCCUUCACAAAAUCCUCAAAUUUAAAUGUGCAUCAGAGAGUUCACACUGGAGAGAAUCUACACCGCUGUGAUCAGUGUGGGGCAGCUUUCACAACACAGAGUGCCCUGAAAAAACACCAGCUCAUUCACACGGGAGAGAGGCCGUACAGCUGUGAUCAGUGUGGGAAAACCUUUUCUUGGAGUGAUGUUCUUAAACACCACCAGCUCAUUCACACGGGAGAGAAGCCGUACAGCUGUGACCAAUGUGGAAAAGCUUUCAAAACACGGAGUGCCCUAGAAUGUCACCAGCGCAUUCACACUGGAGAGAAGCCGUACUCAUGUGAUAUAUGUGAGAAAGCUUUCAAAACUCAACCAGAAGUUGUAAGCCACCGACGGUGUCACACUGGAGAGAAACCGUACUGGUGUGAACAUUGUGGGAAAACUUUUGCUCAGAACUGUACUCUUAAAGAACACAAACGCAUUCACACUGGAGAGAGGCCGUACAGCUGUGACCAAUGUGGAGCAGCUUUCACAACACUGAGUCACCUAAUAGCCCACCGACGUGUUCACACCGGAGAUAAACCGUACUGGUGUGAACAAUGUGGGAAAACCUUUACUCAGAAUAGUAACCUUAAAUCUCACCAGCGCGUUCACGCAGCCUCGUUGUGAGCGCGUCUCAGAGCCAAGCUGGUUCCUCCUGCC